CCUAGAUACUCCUAGGCAACAAGCCAACAAUGUUGUCCUGCAAAUAAUCCUAGCUGGAACUGAUGCGUUCCGUGUUGGCUUUAAAUGGAUGUAGAGGAGCUCACUAGCUCUAGAGCCCACAGCAUCCCAUAGCACAUCGUGCAAGCUCAGAGCAGCAAAAAUGGCCGUGCUCCGAUUCCGAGCACUGGUGCUCACCGUUUGCCUCGUGUGUUUCUACGCCCCCACCCCCUCCUCCUCGGCUUCCUCCGGCGACUUCCUCCACUGCCUCUCGGCCAGCAUUCCGAGCAAGCUCAUAUUCACGCAGAGCUCGCCUUCCUUCACCUCCGUCCUGGCGGCGUACAUCAGGAACCCCCGGUUCUCCACACCCGGCACGGUGCGCCCGCUCUGCAUCGUCAGGCCCACCAACGCCUCCCACGCCCAGGCCACCGUGCUCUGCGGCCGCCGCCACGGCGUCCGCGUCCGAGUGCGCAGCGGAGGGCACGACUACGAGGGCCUCUCGUACCGGUCCGUCCAACCCGAGACGUUCGCUCUGGUCGACCUCGCCAACCUCCGCUCCGUGCGCGUGGACCGGGCCAGGGCCACCGCGUGGGUGGACUCCGGCGCCACGGUCGGCGAGCUGUACUACGCCGUCACGAAGGCGAGCGGCGACCGGCUGGUCUUCCCGGCCGGCCUGUGCCCGACCAUCGGCGUGGGCGGCCACUUCAGCGGCGGCGCGUUCGGCCUGCUGCUACGCAAGUACGGCAUCGCCGUCGACCACGUCAUCGACGCCGUGCUGGUUGAUGCCCAGGGCAGGCUCCUGGACAAGAAGGCCAUGGGGCGCGAGGUCUUCUGGGCCAUCCGCGGCGGCGGGGGCGAGAGCUUCGGCAUCGUGCUGUCGUGGCGGGUGAGGCUCGUUCCCGUCCCACCCAAGGUCGCGUCGUUCAUCGUCCCUGUAUCCGUCAACGACGGCGCCGUCGACGUCCUGACCAAGUGGCAGGAGGUCGGCCCGGCCCUCCCGGACGACCUGUUCAUCAGGGUAAUAGUCACGAACGGGUGGGCCAGCUUCGAGUCCCUGUACCUCGGCACGUGCGACGCGCUCCUCCCGGUGAUGCGUGGCCGCUUCCCGGAACUCGGGAUUAACCGCUCGCACUGCCGGGAGAUGAGCUGGGCCGAGUCCGUGCUCUACGUCUACGUGGGCAGCGGCCAGCCCAUCCCCGUGACGGACCUGCUGAACCGGACCACCUCCAUGGACACCUCCUACAAGGUGGCGUCCGACUACGUCCGGCGAGCCAUCCCCCGCGACGUGUGGGCGGAGAUCUUCGGCUGGCUCGCCAAGCCUGACCCGGGGAUCAUGAUCGUAGACCCAUACGGCGGAGCGAUCAGCGCCGUGCCGGAGGCGGCGACGCCGUUCCCGCACCGCGGCGGCGUGUUGUACAAUAUCUAUUACCAGAACUCCUGGGCCGCCGGCAACGACGGGGAGCCGAACGUGAGGUGGAUCAGGGACCUGUACGCGUUCAUGGCGCCGUACGUGAGCAAGAACCCGAGGGAGGCCUACUUCAACUACAGGGACCUCGACCUGGGGAGGAACGUCGUCGUGGGCAACGUCAGCAGCUACGAGGCAGGCAAGGUCUGGGGCGAGAAGUACUUCAAGGGAAACUACAAGAGACUCGCUCUGGCCAAGGGCAAGAUCGACCCUGACGACUACUUCAGGAACGAGCAGAGCAUCCCGCCACUUGUGCCUGUUAGUUUCAUCUCCAACCGAGUACCCGACUCGGUCGUUGGACAUAAAGUUUAUGGUGUGAAAGAGAAAAUUUAGAAUCAUAUUAUUUGUCUCAAGUAUAUAUAAAUAAAAAAAGAUGCUAGCGGAUCCGCUCACGAAAGGCUUAUCGUCCAAUGUAUUCAGAGAACACUUAGCUAGUAUAGAUUUACAGGAAAGCCUAUAAUCCCUAGACAAUAAGGUGCUAGUUGAGAAUCUAUUUCAAAAACAAAAAGCUAGGUGUAUUAUAGUUGUUAAUCUAAUGGUACUUACUGUAAUAAUGAGGCAUGCUCUAUA